AAUGGCGCCUUGUUGUUGGCAGUAGUGAAACGAUAGUAUGAAGGAAAUGCUUCCAUAUGACUCAUAGCUGCUCUGUUGCGCUGAUGCCAAUAUAUUUAAAGUUAUAUAACGGUGUUCCUUAGAUAUCAGCUUAAAUGUGCUGUGGAAACAUCAGCAAUGUUUGACAAAGGGACUUGAGUAAUUCAUGUAUCCAGACACUUAUUUUGUUCAGUUCUGCCCCCUGUGAUGAAACCAACCAUGCCUACCAACAUCCUAUGGAUUCUUGCAUUACAGGUGUCAUACCACCUAGUACACACUGCAGAGCAUGAUGGAGUAGCUCAGCAUGCUAUAAAGCUACAUCGAGGCAAAGGAGCCACAGUCAGCCAGCGAAAGGAAUGGCUUCUUAACAACUGCCGAAAGCUGUCUGGCCUCCUUCAUCAGAAGAAUGUGGUGCUGAACAAGCUGAAUAAUGCUAUUAAAGCUGUAGAGAAAGAUCCAGGGUUGUCAUCUGAAGAGAAGUUGUUUCAAGUACACACUUUUGAAAUUUUCCAGAAAGAACUAAAUGAAAGUGAGAACUCUGUAUUUCAGGCAGUUCAUGGGUUGCGCAGAGCUCUGCAGGGUGAUUACAAGGAUGUAGUAAACAUGAAGGAAAGCAGUAGGCAGCGGUUGGAAGCUUUAAGAGAAGCAGCAAUUAAGGAGGAAAAAGAAUAUGUAGAGCUUUUGGCAGCUGAAAAACACCAAGUCGAAGCACUCAAGAACAUGCAGCAUCAGAAUAAAAGUCUGUCCAUGCUAGAUGAGAUACUUGAAGAUGUAAGAAAGGCUGCUGAUCGACUAGAGGAGGAGAUAGAAGACCAUGCUUUUGAUGAUAAUAAGUCUAUUAGAGGCGUGAAUGUGGAGGCAGUCCUCAGAGUGGAAGAGGAUGAAGUCAAAAGAAAUACAUCUCAACGACAAGUAGAGGAUGAUUUGGGGCUUAGUAUGUUAAUCGACUCUCAGAAUAACCAAUAUAUUCUGACAAAACCAAGGGAUUCUACCAUUCCCCGUGCAGACCACCACUUUAUAAAGGACAUUGUUACCAUUGUUAUGCUGUCUCUUCCAUGUGGAUGGGUAUGUACAAUGAUUGGCCUUCCAACCAUGUUUGGAUAUAUUGUGUGUGGAGUACUGAUGGGCCCUUCUGGACUAAACAGCAUCAAGUCUAUUGUACAAGUGGAGACCUUGGGGGAGUUUGGUGUAUUCUUUACCCUUUUUGUUGUUGGCUUGGAGUUUUCUCCUGAACGGCUCAGAAAGGUAUGGAAAAUAGCUCUUCAAGGACCUUGCUAUAUGACUGUCCUAAUGAUUGCAUUUGGCUUACUUUGGGGACACUUACUGAGAAUCAGACUAACACAGAGUGUCUUUAUCUCAGCUUGUUUAUCAUUGUCGAGCACACCUUUGGUAUCCAGAUUCCUUGGCGGAGGGUCUCGUGGAGAUAAAGAUGGUGAAAUUGACUACAGUAGUGUGUUACUUGGCAUGCUAGUAAUGCAGGAUGUUCAACUUAGCUUAUUCAUUGCUGUUAUGCCAAUGCUAAUUCAAGCCAGUGGAAACACCUAUUCAAGUAUUUUCCUGGAAAUACUGAGAAUCCUUUCACUUACUGGACAAAUCCUCUUUUCCUUGGUCGCUACUUUUCUUGUAUGUGUCAUUAUGAAGACCUAUCUUAUUGGACCAUAUUAUCGUAAAUUGCAUACAGAAAGCAAAGGGAACAAAGAAAUUCUUGUUAUGGGAGUAUCAGCAUUCAUCUUUCUAAUGUUAACGCUUACAGAGUUACUGGAUGUGUCUAUGGAAUUGGGGUGCUUUUUAGCUGGAGCUCUGAUCUCAUCUCAAGGGCAUAUGAUCACAGAGGAAAUUAUGUCCGUCAUUGAACCUAUACGUGAUUUUCUAGCUAUAAUUUUCUUUGCGUCUAUAGGACUUCACGUGUUCCCCACAUUUGUAGUAUAUGAAUUAACAAUACUGUUGUUCCUGACCCUGUUUGUGGUGAUCUUGAAGUUUGUAUUGGCUGUACUUGUACUGUCAUUGAUUCUGCCAAAAAACAGUCAGUAUAUUAAAUGGAUUGUAUCUGCUGGUCUGGCUCAAGUCAGUGAAUUCUCAUUUGUACUAGGAAGCAGGGCGCGUAGAUCAGGGAUAAUAUCCCGAGAGGUCUACCUGCUGAUCUUGAGUGUGACGACCUUAAGCCUUUUGCUAGCUCCUGCACUGUGGAGGGUUGCCAUUACCAAAUGUGUUCCAAGACCAGAAAGACGCUUGAGCACCUAAAAACAAUGUUUUGUGUCUCUUCUUCUCCAAGACAUAGUGCUGUUUUUACAGGCCACUAUAAAACUACACAUACAGAGAGUCUUCUGGAGGAAACCAUUCCAACCAAUUUAGGAGUUUCUUGAUGAUUCCAGAGCUUUGAAUACAGUUCAUGCCCAUCUUUGUAUUUGUUAUAAUAACUUAUAUCCUGGUGGUAUCCUUGAAUAUUUCUCCUCAAUGUGCCUUUGUAACUAAAUUAUUUUGUGAUUAUUUUUUUCAGAAAUACUAUACUAAUAUAGCACCACCUGUAUUAUACAGUGCUGAUAAAUGAAUUAUGUAAUUAGAGUUUUCAGAAAAGGCUUUUUGCUCAUCGUGCUUAUAAAAUAGGCAAUUUAAUAUGUAUUUGUGUAUUAAGGCAUGUAAAUGCUUUGUACUUCGCUAUCUAGGCAUGUGAUGCCUGCUAUUAAAAACUAAAGAUUAGCUAUCUGAUUCUCUGCAAGAACUUUCAUGACAGCAGUUAAUGUAUUUUUAUAUAAUUAUUGUAAUAUUGCUGCUCCUCUUUUUAAAGGGGACCUGUCACCCUGAGUCAUACUAGUUGAGCAAAAUAAACUUCACUAUAUAUUUUUUUUUUCAUUUUAGUCAUGGAAUUUACAGUCACAGCAAGCAGGCACUUAUGUACACUGUUAAUAAGGCAAACUUUGUAUCACCCCAAAAUCUUAUGCACUUGCCAUCAACGUGAUAACUAAAAGUGAUGAAUGGAAAGUUAAAGGAAAAGUAACACUAAGCGACACUAUGCGACGAUCGGUUGAUUGAGCCUAGCCUGACUCCUUCCUAUACAGAAGGAAGGCUAGGAUCGAUCAAUCGAUCGUCACAUAGUGGCUUCUGCCCUGCAUCGCCGUAUUGCCCUAUCUCAAAUGACCGGAAGCCAAGUUUUAGCAGGUAUUUUCUAAUAAAGCAUUCAAAAUAAUAAAUGGUGUGCAGGAUAGGGCAAUUAUUGGAGCAGAGUAGAGUAGAUUUUGUACUUAAAAAAUUUAGUGCUACUUUUCCUUUAAAGUAAUUGUAAUCUGAGCUGUCAGUCAUAUAUUGCCUGCCUCCUCAGGCAUAGAGGCAGGGCAGGCAAUAUAUGAUCGAGAGCUCUGAUUUGUAAAUAUGUUUAUAACAGGUAUGGAUGAUUAAAUUAAAAAAUUAAUGUGGGUUUCAUGUUUAAUUUUUAAAGGACUUUUAUUAUACAGCUUUGUAUGUGUGGGUGACAGGUCCCCUUUAAGGAUAAUCUGACAUGGCAUUAGAUCAUAGCUAAAAAAAAAAAUAAAAAAAUCCAUAGAUUGUUAGGCCAGCAACACCAAUUUCAUAUUUUAUAGUAUGGGUCCAUACCAGUUUAUUCCUUACUAUACUGCCUCCACCAGUCCAGGUAAAAGGAAUGUAAACAAAUUGUACAUUGCAUUCUGUACCCAGCUUAAAGGGGAGUUUUAUUUUUUUCCUCAUUCAUUUUCUUUGCUAUUUAGAGUUACCUGUAUUCACUAGUACAUUUUUAGCCAAAUCCAUAACUUGUGAAUAUUUUAUACAAAUUAUGCUUUUUCAGAGAACAUCUUCUAAUAUCUUUUAAAAUGGCAUUGUAGCAGAGGCUUUAAACCACACUGAAACAAUACCCUUCUUAGUAUUCCGAACUCACUCUUAUAUAGGCAACAAUAGUGUGGACUAUUAACAACUUGGGGGGGAAAGCUAGGUGAGAAAAUUCUAAGCCUUUACUCCAUGUUGUUGCUUUUUGAAAGAUUACAGGCAAUUUGGGUUUAAAUUGAAGAGGAGCGAUUUCUUCUGCUUUCUCCCAUCUACUGAGCUAUAAAAAACAGAAUUUCUGAAUUGAGGAGGAAAAUAUUUACAUAGACCCGGCUUAUGUCUUCAAAGGUAGCUGGGUUGUUGCCUUGGAAAUCCCACCCCUUCAAGUAUGAAAAAAGUAUUUUUUGUAUGUAUAUACUUUUUGGAUAUUGUUAAAUGAAGGAUAAAACUUAAAAUACUUAACUUUUAAUAGUUCUGUUAUGGGACCCGUUAUUCAGAAAGUUACGAAUUAUGGAAAGGCUGUCUCUCAUAGACUCUAUUUUAAUGAAAUAAUUCACCUUUUCCUCCCAUGUGCCACAGUCCUUAAGAUACAGAGAUCCAAAUUGCAUAAAGACCCCUUUUCCAGUAAACCCCAGGUCCCGAGCAUUCUGGAUAAUGGGUUCCAUACCUGUACCACUUUAGGUAAUGCUCUGAAGCACAGAAUAUAGACCUUUUUCUUAAAGACAAAUCUCUCUUGCACAAAAUAUUGCUAUAUAGGUUUCUGACUUGACAUGUUAGGUUUCCAUAAUAUUGAGCUGGAUUAAAAAGACAUAUCUGGACUUGUGAAGAUGUUGCUAAACACAUUCAAACUGAAAGAAAAGGGGACCAAACUGGCUGAAGCUUUCUUGAAUUAAUGAUCUGUAUAUGAUUUCUUAUUCAGGCCUCAUUGCACUAGACUAACCAUUGCUGUACUAUUUAUUUGCCCAUAAUAUGAUGUCACCGAAUUUGUCCUGUGCCAGUUGUAAAAGUAGUGGACAUGAAGAACUGUGUUACUUAGCUUCUUUUAAGAGCUAUAGAAAGAGACCAACAAUAAAACUGAUAUUCCACGAUCCACGGUUUCUGAAUUUAGCAAUGUGUUUUGGUUUUAUUUUUGCGCUGUUCAUGUUUUCUUACAAGGUGUGUUGAUUGUUAAAAUGAUAGUACAAGUCACUCUAUUUGCAAAAAUGCAUUCUCAGGGCAAAGCUUUUUAGCUUUGUUUAAAUGAUUUUACUGUUUUUAUCCUGCAGUUUUCAUUUAGACAGAUUGGAAUUUAGGCUUUACGGUUGCUAGAGUUCUGGGGGUUAUGUAAUUCAAGGUGCAAAGUUAGCUACAGUUCUUAUGAACUAUGCCAGCCAAUUAGCAUUUCUUCGCCACCUGUUUAAAAGAAAACAUCUUAUUAGUUAUUAUAGGUUACUGUACCAAGGCAAACUUUAAGGCUUAAUACAUGUGGGGUUCUGUGCUUAUUUCGAAAUUUAAUAUUAAAGCUGUACUUUUUUAAAUCGGGGAAAACAAUCAGGAAUCCAUAAAAUAAAUGUUGGAAAAUCAACAAUAUAGUAAAAUAUGUAAUACUUUUAAAAUAAAGGCUUUUAUAUUAAAAA